AUUCGUAUCCUUGAGAGACUGGGCACCAGGUACCAGGCUCGUCUGAUGAAAACAAAAUGGUCGUCUAGUGUAACUCCGAGAAAUUAGACUGUUUAGCAGCGACUGCUGUCGUAGUGACGAUUGUCAACGCUGUUACUGCCUAUGAAUAACAAUUCUUUACUUGGAAGGCGUAGCUAAAGGAUCGCUGGCCAUCAGAUUUGAUAAUCGAACGUUCAUGUGCGCGUUGAAGUCGAGAACAUCUGAUAAGUGUAUGACUCAAAAGAGUACGUACUGUAACAAUUUGGUCUCCAUUCGAAUACGGUUAUUUCGUGUGUGCAUUUUGGCGAUCGAAGAUGACUCUGUGGAAACUUGUGUGUGAAGGAAGGUCGGAGGAACUCCGGCAACUUUUGGAAGAAAGCUCUGAUGAAGACCUGAGAAGAUUGGUGAAUAAGAAAUUUGGACAAAACAAGAUGACAGCUCUUCACAAAGCCAUAGAGAAAGGUUACGAGGGUAUUAUUAAGUUACUGCUGGAGAAAGGAGCAGAUAUCAGCAUUACUGAUCAUCAUUGCCGCACUGCCCUUCAUAUUGCCACUUCAAAUGAAACUGAAAACAUUGGUGUAGUAGAAUUAAUUCUGAGGCGUCAAGGUGUAGGGGUUGAUGCCCUAGAUGAGUAUGGUAAUACUUCAUUGAAGCUUGCAGCAGAAAAAGGUCACUGUGAAACUGUGGAGCUACUGAUGUCAAAGGGAGCUGAUGUGAACAAAGCAGACAAGGUUGACAAUACCCCUCUCCAUGUUGCUGUGAAAAAUGGCCAUGAUGAAGUAUUGGAAAAGUUGCUUAAAAAAGCAGCUAAGAGCACCAUUGGAAAACAAACCAAAGAUAAAUGUACAGCUCUGCACCAUGCUGUUGAAAGGGAAAACGAGAGAUGUGUUGCACUUUUGUUAAAAUAUGGUGCAGGAACCUGUAUUGAGUCAAAAAAUGAGCAAGGGCGCACACCACUGGACCUAGCAAAUGAUCAUCGUAACCAAAACAUUUUGAAGUUACUGAAGGGUCAUAUAGAAGCCAGCGAGUUUCUGGAAAGGCGAAAAGCACGGCUAGGAGAGGGUGCCUCUGUAGAAUCAGAUAGCUCUUUCAAUACUCAAACGCAUCCACAGAACUUAGUGGUCGGAGCAGGAAUUCCUCCUCAACUUCCAUUAAAUGGCGGUCGAACAGUUCAGUUUAUAGUAGCCAACAACGUGGACAUUCAUCAAAAUUAUGAUGUGAAGGUCCAAAAUGGAGGGUCGGCAGCCAUAGGACCAGGAGCUCGAAUUAACUCCACACAAGCUAAUACUGAAAAUGCACCCCCACAGCAGAUGCACAAUGGUGGAGCUCAAUAUAAUGUUGAUGUGACAGGUGGUAAUGCAGCUGUGGGCGAUAACAGCGUGCUCAAAGUGAACACGGGACAAUCAAGAACUCCAAGCACUGCGGGAAGUAGCGAUAGUCAGUUUAAUUUUCCAGAAGAUCAGGAAAAUAGAGAUCCUCAUGAUCCCGAAACAGGGUCACCCGUAGAGAAUUCCCAAGAACCCUCAGAGGCAUCGCUCCCUUCUUUGGAAGAAUCACGGGGUGAAGUUCGCGGAGCUUCAUUCCGUUCGUUUCAAGAGGAGCCUCCCUCAGGAGAAGGUGAGAAAUCGCUUGCUCAACCAUUCCAAGAAGAAUUCCCUUCGGAGAAAGGUAGCGGAGGUUUAUUCCAUCCAGUACAAGAGGGAAAAGACGAGAAGGCAUUGCCUCAUCCGACGCAAGAGGAAUCCCCUGGCGAUAAAUCAACUGGAGCUUUACCCCUAGCAGUCCUAGAGGUUCCUCUCCCCGAGAAAAAAGAAGAAUUGCUUGCUCAACCAGUGCAAGAGGAAUGCCAAAGUGAUAAAGAUAACGGUUCUUUACCCCUUUCAAUCCAAGGGGAUUCUUCCCCAGGGCAAGGUAAUCAAUCGUUACCUCAACCGGCACAAGAGGAAGCUAGGAAGGACAAAGAUAGUGGAGCUUUUCCCCUUCCGGUCCAAGAAGAUUCUCCACAAGGGAAAUAUCGUCAAUUAUUGGCUCGACCUGUUCAAGAGGAAGCUCCAAGAGAUGAAGAUAGAGUAGCUUUACCUAUUCAGAUCCAAGGGGAUUCUUCAUGUAUUGAAGGCGAUAAAUCAUUACCUGGGCCAGUCCAGGAAGUAUUUCACAGGGACGGAUCAUUGCCGUAUCCAAUUAAAGAGGAAGAUUCCUCAAACACAGCUGAUCUGCUUAAGACAAGCAAAGAAGGGGCCGCUACAACCAAUCAAUCUGUAAAUUCUGCACCUUCCAAACCCGCCAUGUUUAAACGCAAUCCAGCAACGGGCCAAACGUGGCAGACAGAUGUAGGAACUAAUACUCCUAAAAAGGCAAUUUCUCCGACUAGUUCUGUGGGUAAAAACCAAGAUAACAGCAUUUUAGAGAAUGUAAGGGCACAGUCUAAAGAGGGGGUGUUUCCAGAUGGAAAUCACCGAUCAGCUGACGGUGGUCCACUUCACCGUGUCCCUUUGAGCGGAGGAUCCCAUCUGUUUUAUACGAGUCCUCGAAAUCGCGAAGCGCCCCAUAGGACAGAGCGUCACUCCAGAGACAAUCCUGAUAUGGGGAGGUCUCAGACUGCAGCGAUCGACAUGGGAGAUGUAGAUUCUCAUUCUGAAAGCGUUCAAGAUGAAAACCCUGACGACGAUAAGGGAGGUCCUGGAGUGUGUAACUGUAGAUUCAUGUAAAUGUUUAAAACAUUUAAAUGUAAAGAGGUGACAACUAUUUUGUAAAACUCUUUAACUCUUCAUGAGUGCCCAAGACAUCAUGGGCCAAGGUUAUUUGGACAAAGUACAAUCCAAACCGCGGUUCUACG